AUGUUCAAGGCUAAGCCCGCGAGCAAGCGCAAGGCGAAGAAGGCGGGCAAGCGCGGUGGCAUAGCCCCAGAGGCGAGAGCCCACCGCCAGAACCGAGGGAGCGCCUGGGGGAAGCUGGCCGAGCGCGGCGACGCUGCUCAGCGCGCGGAAGAAGAGCGAGCAGCGGUGAAACGACAGCUCGGGCUCGAUCUCCAGCAGCAGUCGAAGGCCGACAUGGAAGAUGGGGGGCUGAUGACAGAGAGUCAACAGGUGAGGGGCGAGCUUCAGCAGCGAGAUCUAGCGAUAGCCGAGAUGCGAGGUCAGUUUCAAGGACGAUCCGACAGAGAACGAGGGCCUCGCGGCGAGAUGAUGGACCCGAAGAUUCUUCACACUGUGAAGCCGAAGUGCGAGGAUGGAGCGCGGGACGUGGACAGCGUGAACCUGUCAGCCCAAGAGGGGGAGCUAAGCACGCAGCUGCACUUCGCCCGGGCCCCAGUCACGCCCGAGGCCUCGGUGGGCGAGAUGAUCGUCAGGAGCAGCAGCACGGGCGAAGGAGCAGCUUGCUGGAGGCAGCUCCAGAAGAAGUACAAUCCAAGCGAAGCAGGCAACGCGCUGGCGAUGUGGGCCAAGCUUACGGACGCGACGUUCGAGGCAACAGACGACGCGAUGGUUGGCAUCAGCAUGCUCGACGAGGACAUGACGGGGUACCAGAAGAUGUCGGGCGAGCCCGUGCCGGAACUCAUCGAGCGAAGAAUCUUCGCCAGGGCGCUCAAGGAUCACGCGGAGUUGCAGAGGCACGUGUCUCGGAAAAGCAGUCGGCUGAACGCGCGCGAGCUUCUGCGAGCCGAAGUCGCGUCGGCGCUGACGGCGGAGCGCGCGGCCCACGACGAUCCGAUGGACAUCGGCGGCGCCGACUGCCGCAAGCGGAUAGCCGACGAGAAGAAGGCAGCCGCCAACCACGGCAACAAGGACAAGACGCAGCGCAGAAAAGACCAGUUCAAAGAGAAGAAGAGGGUCGCGGCAGAAGCGGUAAAAGAUCUCGAGAGGGACGCACAUCAGUGCCGAGAGCGCAGUGGCACUGCCCGUCGCCUCACCAGCCUGCAGAAGGCUGCAAGCGAAGAUGAUUCUGGGCUUGAGGGCCGAGGUCAGAAAGCACGAACCCACGGGACCGAUUGGAAGUACACGCUGUCCGCCUAUCACGAGUUCAUCUGCAUCUCGUGCACGGAAAUAUUCAGGGGCAGAAGAUGGCACUGCGAAGAGUGGAAGCUGGACUUCUGCAGGACGUGCGCAGAAUACUGCCUGGACAAGCACAGGCACUCGAAGUACGGCCAUGCGGAGCUCAACCUGCCGAGAGGAGGAGAGGUAAUCCAAGUUGGCGUGGAAGUUGCCGAUGUGGAGUAUCCCGUUGUGGCUACGGAUGCGGUAGUGCAACGAGGCCGGAGCGUUCUUCAUAACCCUGCAGGCCGCUGGAUCAUCAACGGCACCAUCGAGCCACCUGAAGGAGCUGAAUUCGUACCUCUACGACGCCAUCAGGCAAACUACUACUUCGAGUACGAUCACAUCACAGACGGCAAGAACAAACCAGAAGUCACACAGGUAGCAGCAGUGAGGAAGACGCUACCGCGGAAGGUCCCAGCUGAACGAGGAGCUGGAUCUUUGCCGAGGGCUCUCGGCCCAGAGGCGGACGAGACUACGACUGCGCCGACGAGAGUGCUGAAGCCACCCUACCAACCUAGUGCUGCGGAGAGGGCCGCGCACGAGGGGCAUCGCCUACCGUUUCGCCCCCGGUGCCCAUUGCGCGUGGAAGCUCGAGCGGGCGACGGUCCACAUUGCGUGCAGGAGCCAGCGGACGAGAAGCAAGCGUCGAAGGUGGUGUUCGACAUCUUCUACGUUGAAAGUGACCAGCUGGCGGCUAAGUACCAGCUCAAAGGAGACAACUCCAGCAUCCGUGAGAAGCCGCUGGUACCGAAAGCAGAUCUCGAACAGGCGAUUGCGGUCCUGAGCGUGAUCGAUUGCAAGAUCUUGGCAAAUGCGACGCCGCAUGCUAACAAAGAGUUGGAUGACUGCAAGGUGUCCUUCCUGGUAGCUGUGCUAGAGCAGAGUGCUGGCUACGCCGAGGGCGCCGGCAAGCUUGCUGCAGGUUUGCUACGGACCUACAAGCUGAAGCUGGAGCACCAGUUGGGGUUCGAGAUCAACAUGGCGGAUCCGAUCGCGCCUUGGCUCGCCAACUCCAGGUUCCAGCCGCGAAGCCGCGGGGGCUUUUCCCACGAGAUGCUGCGCGGCAAGGAGUAUAGUGGGGAGAUCGCGGAGAUGGGCGCGCAAGCCUGGAGAGGGAUCUCAGCCCGGGUUGCUGCUGGACGCGGCAGGUGGGAGGCCCGCUUCGCGAAUGGGAUCUGGGCUGGAAAGAACGAGUUGGACGACGCUCACCUCGGGUUCAGGUGGCAGCCUGAGCUCAUCCAGAACACCAGGGCGACACCGUGGAAGCACAUCCCUGACAAGAGUGCAGGACACAUCGUACGCAGCAUGUACAUCACGGAUCGCAUGAUUGACGCUCGCGGCCCGACCGACGACUGCAGGAAAUGCAGCAGUGGAUAUGGAUCGCAUUCGGCAGCCUGCCGCCAGCGGUUUGAGACUAUCAAGGCCGACCUCUUGCGCGAGAAGGUGGGGAAGGACCUUGUGGCCCCAGAGGCUACGGCGGCGGUGCCAGCCCCGGCUGCGGGGGCUCCCGCGCCUGGAGCAGCGGCUGGGCCAGCAGCGGCGUCGAGCGGCAGUGAGAAGGGUCGCGACGACGAGCUGCAGGCCAUGAAGGACUAUGGAGUCUACGUGGAACAGAUCGGGGGCUUCCCCAUAGCCCACAUGAAGGAAGGCCGAGCCAGGUGGAGGUUCGUAGCGACGGAGAUCAACAAGCACGAGGUGCGCGAGGACAACCGCCAAGGCACGCCGCCGCUCAUGAUUGUAAGGGCGACGUUAAGCCGCGCCGCAUCGAGCCCUACUUCGACAGGAGAGCGCGCGCAGAUGAUCCAGGUCUGGGACGUCCGGAAGGCUUUCUUCAAUGCCGACCUUGACGAGACGAUCUACGUGCAUCCUGGACGCGAGCUGUGCCAUCCUGGGUGGUGCAGGUGGCUGCGGAAGCCAGGGAAGGCACCAGGAAGGCAUCGAAGAUGGGGAGAGCUGGUGCGGACUACCAUGGGCGACGGAGGCUGGGAAUGCUUGGCGGCGACGCCCAACGUGUUCUACUUACCAGCGAGUCCCAACAUCCUUGCCGUCGAUGAGGAUAGCACAGCGAUCUGCCACGGGGAUGACUUUCUGGCCGAAGGCUGGGACGAGCAGCUGGACGAGUUGGACGAGUUGCUGAAGCAACAGUUCGAGGUCACAGCGGGUGCCAGAUUGGGCCCUGGAAGACCUGGGCGGACGAUCUACCUCAAGGGGACCAUCGGGUACACCGACAUGCUGCCAGGCUCCGAGGAUCCAGGACUCCAGUGCAAGACCUACCUGGUCGAGACCCAGAGGCCCUGCAAUCUGAAGGUUUACAGCGACAGCACCGCGGGACGGGGCAUGUGCAGCAGAGUGGGCGUGGGCAAGGUCAGGCACUUGGAACUGAGGUACUUGUGGAUUCAAGAGCGGCUGCGACUCCAGGCGUUUGAGCUCCUGGCGGAGGACGCCAAUGAGAUGACGGCAGACAUGCUCACCAAGUACAGCGAGUGGUCGAUGAUAGAGAAUCACUGCACCACUCUGAACCGCACUUUCGGGAGACAGUUCAAGGGCUUGAGCGCGAUGGCAGUUUCCACGGGAGUCGCGACUUCUGCGCCAGGCGAGAAGGUGACGGUGCACGAGGAACCAGGCCAGGCAGCGGUUUGCCCCGCACCUUUGCCCCACUACGCGGAUCGCGAGGAGUUCUGGCUCAUCCUUAAGACGGGUGUCUUCGUGGUGAGAGUUGCAGCAUUUAUUCUAGGAUGCGCGUGCGGUUGCUACGCGAGGAACUACUUCAAGAUGGACCUCAUCCAGGAGGCGGUUGCCCCCGUUCCUGGAGACGCCGGCGUCUACCUGACUACGUCGGCUGACACGGAGGUCAAGACCAUGAGCGCACAAGGACUUGGCACAGUGCCUCGCCCCGCGCAAUGCGACGGAGGAGCGAGGCACAAGCUUUUCAACGCGUUUCCCGUGGUCGACUUGAAGCAGAUCUUGAGAGCCAAAGGCCAACGCGUGAGCGGUCUCAGAGACGACCUGAUCAUGAGGCUGGUCAAGAGGGGCAACGUCCGAUCGGAUCGCCAUGCCAAGGAGAUCGGUCAGCUGAGAGUGACGGCUACGAUGCGCGGACCCCUGAUCAGGAUCAACCGACAGGACUUGAGUAGUCCUGAGGCCGCGCAAGAGUGGAUUGAGACGUUCAAGAGUGAUUGCCGAGAUCGCCCCGAUGGCUCGAAGUUGAUCCACCCAGAAAGCCAGACGGAUGGUCGCAGGAAGCACCGCGACAGCCGAGGCUGA